AUGGCGCCUUUCCGCCCGGGGGGGGAGAGGGCUGUGAGGGGGUAUGCGGUGUAUGGCACUGCAUCGCUGGCCAACCACUCCUGCUACCCCAAUGCCUGCAGGUUUGAUUACUUCGACUCCACGCCUCCUGCCACUGCACCCAUCACCAGCACUGAUGGCAGCACCACCACCAGCAGCAGCAGUGCCAGCAGCGCCAGCGGGGGGUUUAGCAGCAACACGCACAUGCAGCUGCGGGCGAUGCGGGACCUUGAGCAAGGAGAGGAGGUGGUGCUGUCGUACUUCCCCCUGGGCUGGCGCCUGGGGGAGAGGAGCGCGCGGGAGAAGGAGGAGUACGGGUUUGAGUGCGGUUGUGAGCGGAAGGGCAAAGGGAAAGCAGCAGAGGAGGGUGCUGAUGAGGCUGACGGUGAUGCUGAUCGGGAUGACAGUGACGAGGACGGGGAUGGGCAGACUGCUGACGUGUCAGAUGCUGAGCUGGCGCAUGCGCUGUUCUUCAUGAAGCAUCUGUGUGCCGUGGAGGGGUGCGGCGGUACCAUGGCUGCCAAGCCAGGGACAUGGGUGGAAGAGGGAGGAGGUGGAGGGGGGAGUGAGGGUGGAGGAGAGUAUGAGGUGGCAGAUGACAUGGAGUGCAACAUGUGCGGUGCGGUACACUCUCGGCAUGAGCUGCUGAAUGCUCUGUGCUCUUAG